AUGGGCUGGAACUCGUGGAACGCAUACAAGGCCAACAUCAACGAGUCGGUGGUCGUUCAAAGUGCGCAGCUCCUCACUACACUGGGGCUGAAGGAUGCCGGGUAUGACUACGUCCUCGUGGACGACGGGUGGGCCGACUACAGUCGCACAGCGGAAGGCUACCUGCAAGCCAAUGCAACCUCCUUCCCCAGUGGGAUUCCCGCUCUGGCAGACAAAAUCCACGCCCAGGGCCUAAAGCUCGGACUGUACGGCGACAGCGGCAUGCUGACGUACCUUGGCGGCCUGGGGGUGGAUUACUGGAAAUACGACAACUGCGGCGGCUACCAGGCGAUGACCGAGGCGCCGCAGGUCCGGUUUGGAAUCAUGCAAAAAGCCCUGCAGCUGGUCGGGCGCGAGAUCCUGUAUUCCGUCUGUGAGUGGGGCUAUCAGUUUCCCUGGCACUGGGGUGGAGAAAUUGGUCACUCCUAUCGUAUGUCAGGGGAUAUCACCAACGUCUUUGCGAACGAAACGGGCUGUCCCUGCAAGACCGCCUACUGCUUGAACACCGGCUACGCGAGCUGCUCGGUGAUGAGCAUCAUUCGAAAGAUGCGCGAGAUUAGCCAGUACCAGUCCCGUGGGCACUGGAUGGACAUGGACAUGCUGGAAAUCGGCAACGCGGAGAUGACGCUGUAUCAGCAGCAAACGCACUUCGCCUUUUGGGCGGCGCUCAAGUCGCCGCUUAUCAUCGGAGCAGAUUUGUCCAAGCUUUCUGAUGACGCGUUGAAGGUCCUUACGAACAAACAGAUCAUUGCAAUCAGUCAAGAUCCACUUGGACAGCCGGCCAAUUAUGUCCAGAACGCCAGCUCGGAGGGUUCGUCACAGGUGUGGGCGGGCAGCGUGGAGAAUGGAUACGUGGUUCUCCUGCUAAAUGAGAAGAGCUACCCACAAGAGUUGAAGGUAGAUUUCGAGACUCUCGGACUGCAGCUCUCUAUUACUGUCAACGUUACGGAGCUGUGGACCAGAAGAUCUCUGGGGAAGAUCGGGUCAUUUUCAGGCACACUGCAGGCGUAUCAGACCCUUGUUUUCAGGCUGUAUAUGUGA